AGCCGGGGAGCCCGUCAGCUGAUUUCCAGCAGCGGCGCCGGGAAGGGGGUCGCGGGUGGUCCGCAGCCGAGGCCGCCGGGGAGAAAGGAGCGCAGCGCGGGGGGCGUCCUCCCUCGCAGCACCCCCGACCAGGUGUGAAAGCAUAAUGGCGGGCAACAGUUUGGUCCUUCCAAUCGUGCUAUGGGGACGCAAAGCACCCACUCAUUGUGUAUCAGCUACGCUGCUAAUGGAUGAUGUGUCAAUGAUUGUAACGGGAUGUCACGAUGGACAGAUAUGUCUUUGGGACCUCUCUUCAGAUCUAGAAAUAAAUCCCAGAGCUCUGUUGUUUGGUCAUACAGCUUCGGUUACAUGCUUGUCCAAAGCCAGUUCUUCAAGUGAUAAGCAGUAUAUAGUGAGUGCAUCAGAAAGUGGGGAGAUGUGCCUCUGGGAUGUGAAUGAUGGAAGAUGCAUUGAAUUUACUAAAUUAGCAUGCACACACACUGGCAUACAGUUUUAUCAGUUCACAAUUGGGACCCAGCGUGAAGGAAGACUGUUGUGUCACGGCCAUUAUCCUGAAAUUCUUGUUGUGGAUGCUACCAGCCUUGAAGUUCUUUAUUCUUUGGUAUCAAAGAUCUCCCCUGACUGGAUCAGUUCCAUGAGUAUUAUUCGAUCUCACAGAACACAAGAGGAUACUGUUGUAGCAGUGUCUGUGACUGGCAUUCUAAAAGUGUGGAUUGUAACUUCUGAAGUGAGUCACAUCCAGGAUACAGAGCCAAUCUUUGAGGAGGAAUCAAAACCAAUUUACUGUCAAAACUGCCAAAGCAUUUCUUUUUGUGCAUUCACCCAAAGAUCACUUUUGGUGGUUUGCUCUAAAUACUGGAGGGUGUUUGAUGCUGGAGAUUAUUCUCUGCUUUGUUCAGUCCCAAGUGAGAAUGGACAGACUUGGACAGGAGGUGAUUUUGUAUCAGCGGACAAAGUGAUCAUAUGGACAGAAGAUGGUGAAAGUCUCAUAUAUAAACUGCCGGCCAGUUGUUUGCCAGCCAGUGAUUCUUUUCGCAGCGACGUUGGAAAAGUUGUUGAGAAUCUGAAUCCGCCUCAACUCUACUGUGUUGUGGAGAGAGCAGUACAGAAAGCGGAUAAACGGUUAUUAAUCUGCCCUCCUGUUACCCAGUUCUUCUAUGGCCGCAGGGAGUGCUUCCAUAAAUUGCUUAUCCAGGGAGACUCCUCAGGAAGGCUCAGCAUUUGGAGUAUACCAAAUACACUUGACCAGCCAGAAGGACUGAAAGUAACAACUUCCACUUCCCUUCAAGAAGCAUUCAGCAAACUUGUUCCUCGCCCUGCUGGAAUUAUAGAUCAGCUGAGUUUCCUACCAAAUAGCGAGGAGCCACUCAAAGUGACAGCGAGCGUGUAUAUCCCUGCACAUGGUCGUCUUGUCUGUGGUCGUGAAGAUGGAAGCAUCAUCAUCGUACCAGCAACUCAAACCGCUAUAGUUCAGCUCUUGCAAGAUGAGCACAUGCGUAGAAGAGGUUGGCCACCUCACCGAACUCUGCGCGGUCAUCGGAACAAAGUCACCUGUUUACUGUAUCCUCAUCAGGUCUCCUCACGUUAUGACCAAAAGUACCUGGUCUCAGGUGGUGUAGAUUUCUCUGUAAUUAUCUGGGACAUCUUUUCUGGAGAAAUGAAACACAUCUUCUGUGUGCAUGGGGGAGAAAUUACACAACUUUUAGUUCCUCCAGAAAAUUGCAGUACAAGAGUGCAGCACUGCAUUUGCUCUGUCGCCAGUGACCAUUCAGUAGGACUUCUGAGUUUACGAGAGAAAAAGUGCAUCAUGUUGGCUUCCCGACACCUCUUUCCUAUUCAAGUGAUCAAGUGGAGACCAUCAGAUGACUACCUAGUUGUUGGCUGCUCAGAUGGCUCUGUAUAUGUGUGGCAAAUGGAUACUGGUGCCCUGGAUCGCUGUGUAAUGGGGAUAACAGCUGUCGAGAUCCUGAAUGCUUGUGACGAGGCUGUGCCUGCCGCAGUUGACUCUCUUAGCCAUCCCGCUGUUAACUUAAAACAGGCCAUGACGAGACGUAGCCUCGCCGCAUUGAAAAACAUGGCCCAUCAGAAACUUCAGACCCUUGCCACAAACCUCUUAGCUUCUGACUCCUCUGACAAAGGAAAUUUGCCUAAAUAUUCUCACAACUCUCUGAUGGUUCAAGCCCUGAAGACUAACGUAACAGACCCAGAUGUCCACGUGCUCUUCUUUGAUGUGGAAGCCCUGAUUAUUCAGCUACUAACUGAAGAAGCCUCGAGGCCUAAUACAGCCCUUAUUUCCCCAGAGAAUUUACAGAAAGCAUCUGGCAGUUCUGACAAAGGGGGUUCCUUUCUGGGUGGCAAACGAGCAGCAGUCCUCUUCCAGCAGGUCAAAGAAACAAUCAAAGAGAACAUAAAGGAACAUCUUCUGGAUGAUGAUGAUGAGGAUGAGGAAUCUAGGCAGAGGAGGGAAGACAGUGAUCCAGAGUAUCGGUCCAGCAAAUCUAAGCCAUUAACCCUCCUAGAGUAUAACCUAACCAUGGACACAGCCAAGCUGUUUAUGUCAUGCCUCCAUGCAUGGGGCUUGAACGGUGUCCUAGACGAGCUUUGCAGUGAGCGCCUGGGCAUGCUAAGGCCUCACUGUUCUGUCUCUUUCGGUUUGCUUUCAAGGGGAGGUCACAUGUCCCUGAUGCUUCCUGGGUACAAUCACCCUAUCAGCAAGGUUCCCUCUAGUGAGAUUGAGGUAGGAAAAUCUGUGUCUCUCCCAGAGGGACAUAUCAGGGGUACAUACGGCAUUUCCCGUGCAGUAACUACUCAGCAUCUUCUCUCCAUUAUCUCCUUGGCAAACACAUUGAUGAGCAUGACAAAUGCAACAUUCAUUGGAGAUCACAUGAAGAAGGGACCUUCCAGACCACCUAGACCAGGGACUCCUGAGCUUGCUAAAGUGAAGACUCCUGCUCCAGUUGCUAGUCCAGCAGCUCAAGGGCUGAUUAAGCAAGUUGCUCCUGCUGUUUCUGCUAGCACUGAAGCUGAUCAUUCUGGCUCUGACCCUGCUCCUCCUUUACAUACCUGUUUCUUAGUAAAUGAAGGAUGGAGUCAACUUGCUGCUAUGCAUUGUGUUAUGCUCCCCGACCUGUUGGGCUUGGAUAAAUUUAGACCACCUCUCCUUGAAAUGUUGGCUCGUAGAUGGCAAGAUCGAUGCUUGGAGGUCAGAGAAGCUGCCCAGGCCUUGCUGUUAGCAGAACUGAGAAGAAUUGAACAGGCAGGAAGAAAGGAAACAAUUGACAUGUGGGCUCCCUAUUUACCACAGUAUAUGGACAGUGUUAUAUCACCUGGAGUAACCACAGAAGCUAUUCAGACUGCUACUGCUAGUCCUGAGCAGUUGGGAUCUGAAACCAAAAUUCAGGAAGAAGAACACGAUCUGGCGGAUGAUGACAUCUCAGCAGGUUCCCUGUCUGGGCUUCCACAAAUGAAAAAAAUAUCUAUGUCCUAUGAAGAAAGGCGAAAGCAAGCUACUGCUAUCGUUCUGCUUGGAGUAAUUGGGGCAGAGUUUGGAGCAGAAAUUGAACCUCCAAAGUUGCUGACCAGACCACGGAGUUCUAGCCAAAUUCCAGAAGGCUUUGGCUCAACAAGUGGUGGAUCCAACUAUUCUUUGGCAAGGCAUACUUGCAAGGCCUUGACGUAUCUUCUGCUGCAGCCUCCCAGUCCCAAACUUCCUCCUCACAGCACCAUCAGAAGAACCGCCAUUGAUCUCAUAGGACGGGGGUUUACCGUAUGGGAGCCUUACAUGGAUGUGUCCGCUGUGCUCAUGGGCCUCUUGGAGCUCUGUGCUGAUGCUGAGAAGCAACUGGCAAACAUCACAAUGGGGCUGCCUCUGAGCCCAGCAGCUGACUCCGCCCGCUCGGCACGACACGCUCUCUCGCUCAUUGCCACGGCCAGACCACACGCCUUUAUAACAACCAUCGCCAAGGAGGUGCAUAGGCACACGGCUCUCCAAGCAAACACUCAGUCGCAGCAGAACAUUCAUACCACUACCUUGGCUCGGGCCAAAGGAGAAAUCCUGAGGGUUAUCGAAAUCCUUAUUGAAAAAAUGCCCAGUGAUGUUGUGGAGCUCCUUGUAGAGGUUAUGGAUAUAAUCAUGUACUGCCUUGAAGGUUCAUUAGUCAAGAAAAAGGGACUUCAGGAGUGCUUUCCAGCCAUCUGCAGGUUCUACAUGGUCAGCUAUUAUGAGCGGAGUCACCGAAUAGCAGUUGGAUCUCGCAAUGGUUCAGUGGCCCUUUACGACAUCAGGACUGGAAAAUGUCAGACAAUCCAUGGCCAUAAAGGUGCCAUAACAGCUGUGGGGUUUGCUCCUGAUGGACGGUAUCUUGCCACUUACUCCAACACAGAUAGUCACAUAUCCUUCUGGCAGGAAGUGAGGCAGGCAGCUGCAGAGGUGAAGGAGCAUGUCCAGAAAGGCACAGCUGGUGUCUCCAUCAUGGUCUUUUCAGUGCCAGGUAAGGACCGUUCUCUUUCUUCCAAAUGGCUCCAGACCUGGCCAUGUGAAGCUCCUCCUAUCUUACUAUGAAACCGUCUAGUCAAGGUUUACAGCCGAGAGCCUCUUGUGUACAUUUCUAUACUGAGGACCAUUCACGACACUUAAAACCCUAAAAUACAACACAAUUAAAUACGAACAGUAAAAUGCAAUAUAAAUGUUUAAAACAACAGCUUGAAAUAAACAUAAAAAUAGCAGUGCAAACAUAUAAAAUAUGCAAAGAGGCCUCUGUUUAAAUGCAAUCUUCUACAUUCUGUGAUUAGUUUAAUGUUUUUCAUGUUCUUGUUCCUUACCAUUUUUAUUCUUGUAAAUUGGCCUGCAUGACCUGAAUGGCUUUUCAGCAAAUAAAGUGGUGUGUGAAUGUCAAAAGCAAACAAUGAGCACACUGGGCAGGUUGCUGUGUCUGCAGCAGCAGCAGCAGUGUGGUUGGUGGGCGCAGUCCAGCCGAGUGCGCUUGCCGUGCGGGUUCGUCACCCUUUCCAUAACGAGGCUGGUGCAGCAGCCACACAGACGUCUGCAGUGCCCGACUUCCAUUUCCUUUGCUUCCAAAGAGGUAGAGCCAAGAAAAUGCAUGUGAGCAGCUUCCUGGACAGAGGCAGCUCAAGGCAGCGCGGCCUAGUGCACCACUCCUUGCUGGGGGCUUAUCUAAAGUCUUUGGGAAACUUUCAGCCAAACACAGGGGACCGUUCUGUGAGUUUUGCGAGGAAGGGUCCAUCUGCCCCAACUAGAGCCACCUAUGUAUUUAUAUCCCACCUGUUUUUCUUGCAAGGAACCCAACCAAGGCUGCUUCUGUAAUCCAAAGAUCACUCUAUGAAAGAAGCAGGUGACUUGGUGCCCAGAGUACCCCAGAGUUUACCCUACUAGAGAAGCCAGUUGCCCAAUGGCCCUUGGAUUAAGCUUCACCCACGACAUGGAAGUCUGUACAUUUCAAGUGGGAAUAUGCCACUGGGCUCACCCACCAUUUCAUGUACUGCUGAGGUAGCCCAGAGCAAAGUCAGCAAUGGAGAACCCCAGCGGAGAACACCCAGCGUACUGUCCCAUGUAACGACUGCCAUUUAAUGGGGUGUGCUCAGCUUGCAUAUCUGGUUUUUCUGAGGGGUGUCACCAGAGGCCUUCACACAGAAGGCCACUGAUCCAUUCCUGGCGUCUCCUGAAUCUUGUCUGAAGCUGUGAAACGCCACUGCCAAUCCGUAUUGACGACACUAAGUUAGAUGGACCAGUUAGAUGCACCUCCAUCAUGGAGGAAUGAACUGGUGAGUGUUUAAAACACACCGUGAGGACACAAAUGGCUCCUGUCAGACUGUGCCUUUUGUCCUGAACCGCCACCUGGGUAGGCAGCUGUCUGUGUGGAAGAGAAAGCUCCGACAGCAGAAUUAUCGCUUCCUCAGAUUUAGUGUUCCUGUAACUAUCAGCUAAUAGUAUAUAUUUUUAAUCUAGCGUGGCUUUCUGCAUGUCAUUCAACGAUAACUGUUCAUGUCAUUAAGCGUAUUGAAAUGUUAUCCAUCUUCAUACAGCAUGUGAUUUCUGAAGCAGCAAAUAGCAACUGUAAAAACGCUCUUUCAUCGCUUGCAUAUAUUUAGUUGAGUUACAUGGGAAGAUCUAGAAAGCGAUCAGAUGUAUUGAUUGAAAUGUUUUACAUGCUCAUCUGAGAUCGCGGGGGGUGGCAGAGAAAGCGCUCCUU